CUUUUUUGGAUCUUGUCCUAAAAUGAUAUGCUUCGGAUGAAACACAUACAUCAAGGUGGCCCACAGAACCCCUGCCAGGACCGUCCACCUCUAGCUAGGUACUGGUGGGGCAGUACCGAAUCGGCGUCCCUCUAGUUCAAGUUUGAAGGAUAUCACCUGAUGAAUGGACUGGAUAUCGCACCCGUGCAUCAUACGUGUGCCGUUCGAAGCAUCUCCAUUUCAGAAGGGCGGGGCAAUCCCUUCUGUUCCAACCAGGGAUGGCGGAGACACCAUGAAAUCUCGGUGAGAUCCGAAAUCUACAAAAGAGAAGAAAUCUCUCUCUCGAUGGAGCUUUAUUCGGGUUUCUCUGGUUACUGUAGCUACAGUAUUUGAAAUGGGUUUUAUAGAACCUUUUUUCCCGUCAUUAUCACGACUCGAUUAGUUCCUCAAGCCUCAUUUUUUCUUAGAUUGAUUUAUUGGGAAAUGAUGUUUUGCAUUUAUUCUCUAUAGAAAAUGUCUUCUUCUUUCAUGGCUAUGAGAAUACGUGCGCUGGAAUUGCAGGUUUCAUCUGAAAGAAGCUUGGUAAGGGUUUGAGUGCAUAGAGAAGUGGGGAAAAAAAGAAAGAAAAUAAAAGAAAAGCUGUUUUUAAUUCAAAAGAUUUCCUGGGUUCUUUUGGAUUCUAGUUAUUCACCUUGUAAUUCAAUAAAAUGGGCUUUUGUUUGUUUGUGUGAGUGAUUUUGGAGAAGUUUUAAAGAAAAUAUGAUGUAUAUAUAUUUUUAAAUUCAAUUGUUUUGAUGGGUUCUUCUGGAUUUUAGGAUUUAGCUUGAAGUACAAUAGAAUGAGUUUUUUUUUUUUUCAUGUCUGAUUUUGGAGAAGGGUAAACAGAGAGAACUAAAAAGAACAUCUCUCUUCUUCAAUUAAUUUGUUGGGCUUUGAGGGAACUUAGUUAUUUAGCUAUGAGUCUUGGAAUGAGUCGUACGUUGCUCCCAAGACAUGUAACUAGUGUCAUAAAAUGUCAGAAAGAUCCUCUUAGAGCUCUAGAAAUGUUCAAUUCAGCUGCUAAGGAAGAUGGGUUUAAGCAUACAUUGUUCACAUACAAGUGCAUGAUCGAAAAACUCGGGUUUCAUGGGGAGUUUGAGGCCAUGGAGAAUGUUUUAGCUGAGAUGAGAAUGAAGAUUGAGAAUGGUUUACUCGAAGGAGUUUACAUCGGUGCAAUGAGAAGUUAUGGAAGGAACGGGAAGAUCCAGGAGGCCGUGGAUGUGUUUGAGAGGAUGGAUUUUUUCGACUGUGAGCCGUCCGUUAGAUCCUACAAUGCCAUCAUGAACAUUUUGGUUGAGUUCAAGUACUUUGAUCAAGCCCACAAAGUUUAUUUGAGAAUGCUGGAUAAAGGGAUUGUCCCUGAUGUCUACACCUUCACAAUUCGGAUAAAGUCCUUUUGCAGAACGAACCGGCCAGAUGCAGCACUCAGACUUCUUAAAAACAUGCGCGAUCAAGGACGUGAAGUCAAUGCAGUUGUGUAUUGUACAGUGCUUGGUGGCCUUUAUAAACAGAACUAUCGAGUCGAUGCAUGUGUUUUAUUUGAUGAGAUGCUUGGGGAAGAUGUAUGUCCUGAUAUAGCUACUUUUAAUAAGCUUAUACACACCCUUUGUAAGAAAGGGGAUGUUCGAGAAAGCAGUAAACUCCUCAACAAGAUUCUCAAGAGGGGUGUGUCUCCAAAUCUUUUUACGUUUAAUAUAUUCAUUCAAGGCCUUUGCAAAAAAACGAAUCUGAUGGAGGCUGUUUGUUUUUUGGAUUGUAUGGGUAGAAAGGGUUUAGCUCCUGAUGUCGUCACAUACAAUACAAUUAUUUGUGGCUUGUGCAAAAGCUUUAAGGUUGUGGAGGCUGAGAACUAUCUGCAUAAAAUGGCGAAUGAAGGAUGUGCUCCUGAUGAUUUCACCUAUAACACGAUUAUUGAUGGAUAUUGCAAGAUGGGUCUGGUCCAAAAUGCAUGUAGGCUUCUGAAUGAUGCAAUUUUCAAGGGGUUUGUACCUGAUCAUGUAACUUAUUGCUCCCUAAUAAACGGAUUGUGCCUGGAAGGUGAUAUAGAUAGGGCAAUGGAGGUAUUUAAUGAGGCUGUUGGAAAAGGACUGAAGCCAGAUGUUAUUAUCUACAAUUCUCUAGUCAAAGGGUUGUCUCAGCAAGGCCUUAUUUUGCAAGCAUUGCGGCUGAUGAACGAUAUGUCAGAGAAUGGUUGCAGCCCAAACAUAUGGACCUACAAUAUAGUUAUAAAUGGGUUGUGCAAGAUAGGCUAUGUGUCCGACGCCAAUAAUCUCAUGAAUGACGCCAUCACCAAAGGCUACCUGCCUGACAUUUUUACCUUUAAUACGCUGAUCGAUGGCUACUGUAAGCAGUUGAAGUUGGAUAGUGCGAUGAAGAUUAUUGAAAGGAUGUGGACCCACAGUGUUACUCCCGAUGUGAUCACCUAUAACUCCGUGUUGAAUGGCCUAUGCAAGGCUGGGAAGGCUGCUGAUGUCCUGGAAAUAUUCAAAGAAAUGGUGGCAAAGGGGCUUGUUCCCAAUGUUAUCACCUAUAACAUACUGAUAGAGAGCCUGUGCAAAGCACACAGUGUAAAAGAAGCUUCCAAUUUGCUAGUGAAGAUGGCCAACGAGGGAUUGACUCCGGAUGUUGUUAGUUUCAGCACAUUGAUUCAUGGCUUUUGCGAGAAUGGUGAUCUUGAGGGAGCCUACCAGCUUUUCAGAAAAAUGGAUCAAGUUACCUUCUCUCCCACAAUCGAUACAUAUAAUAUAAUGAUGAAUGCAUUUUUUGGGAAACUCAAUGCUCGUAUGGCGGAAGAAAUUUUUCAUGAGAUGGGUAAGAAAGGUUGCUUGCCUGAUGCUCUCACUUAUCGCAUCCUGGUUGAUGGUUUCUGUAAGAUAGGAAAUAUUGAUCGGGCAAACAAAUUCCUCAUAGAAGCAGUUGAUAAGGGAUUCAUUCCUUCUAUGAUGAUUUUUGGGCGGGUGCUCAACUGCCUGUGUGUGAACAAUAGAGUUAACGAGGCUGUUGGUAUUGUUCACAUCAUGGUGAGCAAGGGCGUGGUCCCUGAGGUUGUGAAUACCAUCUUUAGUGCUGAUAAGAAGGAGGUGGCUGCACCGAAGAUACUUGUGGAGGAACUGUUAAAGAAGGGUCAUAUAAUUUAUGAGGCAUACGAACUUCUUUAUGAUGGGAUUAGAGAUAAGAAGCUAUUAAGAAAAAGGCAUCGCAUGAAGCAUUCCUAAAACAUACCUAGUUGGGCAUGCGACACUGUCAGGUGUCGAAGCAGAUGUGGCAGAAGCAUGAGUUGGUGCAAUCGAUCCAAGGGAAGAAGUGGUACGCCAGGGGCAAUCCAUUUAUGUUCUCAUCCAUCAAGGGGCUGUUCAGUUCUUGCACUGGGGGAUCUGACUAUGACAAUUGCAGAAGCAACGCCUCCCAUUUAUUCAUCUGGGGUCAUUUUUCCUUCCAAGGAGACGGUUGUCAGAUGUUUUGAGAAGCGUGACUAGGCUUUCAUCAAUGUCUGUGAUCUAACAUUGUACCCUCAGCUUAAUAUGAAAUGCCUUGUUGAGGUAUACUCUCUAGCUGUACUUCAUGGUUUUCUUUAUUAACUUCUUUGUGCAAAAGAAUGUUUUGUCUCUAACUAGACUUGAAAGGGACAUGUGCCAAACUUCGAAGGUGCUGGCCUCAUCAUCUUCAACCGCCACUGAACAUUAAAUAGUCUGAAGGAAAAAAUCAACCAAAUUUCACAAGCCACCUUAUACCUGACAAAGAGGCUUUCAAAAAGCGCUGCAAGGAACGACUAGGAAGAAAAUUUGCCGUUUGUUGACUACUUCUUGAUUUUUUUAUUCAAAUGGUUUUUGCACCAGGAACCUAAACAUGCCCUAAUAUUAUUACUUUCAAAGAAUUUUCUUGUUUCCAUCAUAGUGUUGUAUUAUAACAUAAACAGGUUUGUUAACUGACCAAGGAUAGGGCCUUAGAUAGGAUUGACUGCCUAAAUGUGAUUUGUAAAGACAACCCAAUUAGGUGGGUGUCUUGGUACAAUGCUUUGAUGAUGGAUGUUGUAUUAUAUAGUUAUGUUACAUGGCUAUUACAAUCCAAUGUUCUAU